UAUUUUUCUCUUCCGUUCAAGCUCAAAAACUUACUUGUGCAGUCGUGAGCUGGUUCUUGUGGGAAGCAGGCAGGAUGGUGUUCCGAGCUGGAGCGCUCCUUGCGCUUUCCUUGAUCGUUUCGUCCUGCCGCGGCGGCGAUAUCGGCACCAGUUUAGGUGACACCAGAAUUGGAAACCGAUCCGUGACGAUUGGAUCGGAGCUCGUAUCCGAGAUCGUAGCUGGGAACAAACAAAUCGUGGCCUAUCUUCAUCCCGACCCAGAGGCCAAGCAGUCGCUGACAGUGUCUUGGGGAGAGCCUGCGGACAGUUUCUGGGGAGCUGUGCAGUACGACAGCUCAAAGGCCAACUCCAGUGGUUGGUCCACGCUGCUGGUGCGAGAUAACGCCGUUCUUGGGGCUGAUGUGAGUGACCUGGAUCGCGCCCAGGUGGCUGGCUUCCUGGAGGGCCUGGUCACGGGCCAGUCGAUCUGGGACACGUACACGAACCUGAAGAUCCAGGCCUACUGCGUCAACGAGGAGGCGUACUGCGCGCGCCUGCGUGCUUUCAUGUCCGCCAACGACGCCUGGGCGCUAGGUCGCAUCGCGGCGGCGCGUAAGGAGCGCUCGGCAGACCUGCCGCUGUGGCACCAGUACGCGCUGAUCCGGGAACAGCUGGUGGGUCUGAUGCAGGGUUACAACCAGUACCAGAAAGUGAUGAACCUGCCGCAGCGCUCCCUCACGCUCGAGGACUUCAUGAUGCUGUCGUUUGGCAGCGACAUUGACACGCUGGAGUCGGCGCUGAAGCGCAAAGUCAGGGCCAGCGUGCUCGGCUCGGGCUCCUGCUCGGCCAUCGUGAAGAUUAUUGGCGACUACGAGGACGUGCUGUUCACGCACGACACCUGGACUCACUUCUACACAAUGCUGCGCGUGUACAAGCGUUAUGAGCUGCAUCAGUCCCGUGAUGGUGGCGCCCAGACCAAGGACAACCUCAUCGCCGCGUCCGUGUCGUUCUCCUCGUACCCGGGCUAUCUCCAUAGCAACGACGACUUCUACACGCUGGAGGGUGUCGACAUGGCCAUCAUGGAGACGACCAUCGGCAACUACAACCAGACGCUGUUCGACGAGAUCACGCCCGAGAGCCAACUCUACUUCUACCGCGUGCAGAUCGCCAACCGCCUGGCUCGCAACGGCGCCGAGUGGGCGCGCGCGUUUGCCCGGUACAACAGCGGCACCUACAACAACCAGUGGAUGGUGUUCGACUACAAGCAGUUCACACCCGGUCAGCCGCCGCGAGCAGGCGCCUUCACCGUCCUGGAGCAGCUACCGACUAUAGCCCACACCGAGGACAUGACCGAGUUCCUGGUGACCAACAAGCACUGGCCCAGCUACAACCUGCCGCACUUCAAGUCGGUCUUCCAGCGCGGCAACUUCCAGUCCAUGGUCGACCAGUACGGGGAUUUCUUCAGCUACGACAUGUCGCCGCGCGCCCGCAUCUUCCGCCGCGAUCACGCCAAGGUGGUGGACGUGAAGUCGCUGCAGCACCUGAUGCGCUACAACGACUUCCAGCACGACGAGUACGGCCGCUGCCAGUGCACGCCGCCGUACAGCGGGGAGAACGGCAUCGCAGCUCGCUCCGAUCUGAACCCGACGAACGGCACAUACUCAAUCCCCGCCCUCGCCCACCGCAUGCACGGCGCCACCGACUGCAAGAUCACGUCGCGCGAGCUCAUGCAGAGCGGCCAGACCUUGGCCAUCAGCGGCCCGACCAACCAGGAGCAGCCCACCUUCAAGUGGAGUACGUCCGGUGAGCCGCGCCCGGCCGGUCACCCGGACGCCUUUGACCGCGAGUUUGUCCUGAUCAAAUUUCCCCGCUAACGGUAAGUGAUGAGUGAUGUGUGAACCAUGUCCAGGCUCGUGUGCUACGAGUGUAGUAAUCACUCUCUGCUUCCCUGUAUACAAACACCUCUACUGCACUCCUUUCUCAUCAAUUUUACUGAUAGAUUUUCUUUUGCUUGCCUUUAGAGUCCUGAUUUGAUGCUUUUAGUCCUUUCCUAAUUUCCGGAAGUAACUUAUCGUUACCAAUUUUCUCUUGGUGACCGGCCUGAAGUGAAUGUAUUCGUUCGGUCCAGCCGA